AUGUUUGGAAUGGGCGGAAAUAGUUCACAAUCUCUUUUAGAACCCUCAGGAGGUGGCUCUGGCUAUUUUGGAGGUGGAGGAGCAUCCGUCGUAUACGGAAAACACGGAUCAGGUGCAGGAGGUUCUUCGUAUGUGUCAGGAUGUGAUGGAUGUGUUAGUGUUUCAAAAGACUAUUCAUUUGAAAAUAAUAAUACAUUCAUUGGCCCUGUUCAUUACUCAGGCCUUUCAUUCAAGAACAUUCGAAUGCUAUCAGGCAGCGAACAACUCCCAUCUUUCAACGUAUCAAUGACGAACCAAUAUGUUACAUACGAACAAGGUCAUCUGGGUGAUGGUGCUUUUAAAAUCACUCUUCUUGAGCAUUUCAGCAUCUGUUCACUUAAACUGAAUCUAUAUUGUUUCUCAUAUUUUCAAUUUUUCUUAUUAAAUCUACCAAGCAUUUUCCUUUCUUAA